AGCAAUAUACGUGCAUUAUGGGUCCCCUGUAUUUCAAGCCAUGGAGGAGAACUGAUAGGAAGAGCUUUGUGGAGACUGAAAAAUUCCUGAUUGAAGAAAUACGGUCACACAAAAAGCGCCAACUAAAAUUAUGCCUUGUUGGCCAUACAGAAGCCGGGAAGUCGUCCUUCAUAAACUCGGUAUUUUCCGUUUCAAGAGGAAAAACAGCUGAUAUGAAAAACGUUAAAAUAGAUACAGUGGACAGCAUCGGAACACAUAGGUUUUUGCUCCUUAAGACGAGAAGGGACCUUUUCGCUCAUACCAAAAUCUACGAUACCCUGGGAUUGACCGGAAACGCAAACGAUAAAGAUUACGGCCUCGCGGCAAUUGAACUCCCGCGAAUUUGCGAAGGACAUGUGCAGCCGGGACAUUUAUUUCACAUGGACUCAUCCACCGAUGCUGAUGAACAUUACUGUGUCGUUUUCGUUAUCAGUGCUAAUGUGCUCGAUGGAAUACAUGGAUCGGAACCUUCAAUUCUCUGCAACAAGAUUCUUCAUUUACAUAAAGCAGUUCCUGAUGAUGUUUCUCAAAUAAUCGUCAUUACAAAAUGUGACGAGGUGUGUAUGAAGACCAAAGAACUUAUUGAAAACAUAUUUUACAGCAAGAAGAUUCACCAGUUGGUUAAAAAGGCAGUCCGUGUGUUUGGAAUACCACAAUGUAGAGUUUUUCCAGUUGUAAACUACGUCGACCAGACGAAAAUUGACCACAAGUUGAAUGUGCCAAUUCUGUAUGCUUUACUUAAUGCAUUGGAUUUUUAGAUUGGACGACAGGUAGGAGAAUAAAGAGAAAUAACACAGAAUAAACACAAAAAUACAGUUUAUGACUUUAACAAGACGCCAAGGAAACCAGACUCUGUGAAGAACAUAGUUAGAUGUUUAUUAAACUGCUAUACAUGCAUUUUGAUAUAACUGCCUGCAAACUUACAAGUAGUAUGCCUUUUAAUCAUUACACUUGUUUGCUUACUUUUGUUUGACUUUCAAGAGUUAUCAUUUCAGCUCGUUCUAGGUUCAGAUGAAAACAAAACCUAAUAUUGGGAAAGCGUUCUAUAACAAAAUACGUUACUUCAUACCCUCAUCAUUCUCUUGCAUGAAGUGUUUAUUUCGGUACUUUUUAUGUGACAAAAACAGCUUAUACUGCCAAUGCAUUGCCUUCCAAUUUUGACCGCAUUCAAUGCUUAAACAAAUGGUCAUUUUUAACCUUUAGAAUUGACUCUAACAACAUUUGAACAUCACACUUUGAUCAAAACAGUCGUUGAAAACUAAAAAGGUGUUAAAGUUUUAGAGAGUGUAUGGAACAAAAUUACGUUGCCCUGUUGAAUCUGCUGAGAAUAUAUUCAGUCUAGCAAAAAGCAAUGUAUUUCCAUGUUGUAAGCUAAAACUAGCAAGUGGAUGUCAACGCGCGUCUAUUUCAUUUCAUCGAAAGGUGCAUAGCUCAUUUCGUCCAGAGCUAUCGGCCUAGGUACACGUAUGCUUUUUGUAGCCUGCAGCAUGCAUUCUAAAUGUAUAUAUCUUUCAAGUGUUUCGAGCUAUGCCAUGACGCAGACGACGACGCCUUCAUAAGUGGCGUUAAUUGAACGCAUGAUAGACGUUUUUAUUUGUUGAUUGGUCAAUCUCAGAUGAAAAUUUGGGAUAAAAAUUAGCGACAGUUUUUGUGUCGGUUGAAAAGACGACAUAUAGGGGUUACUUUUGUCGGCGGCGUCGGCGGCGGCGGCGGCGGCGCGUCCGCGUCCCAUCUUCGAUUGUCCGGGGUAUAUCUCCUAAACUAUUAGUGGUAUCAACUUGGAACUUCAUAUGUACAUAGAUCUAAUUGAGGGCAAGUGCAGUGCACAAGAACUGUUACUCUUGCUUCCAUAUUUUUAGAGUUUUGCCCUUUGAUAUUUUUCAUGCUUAAAGUUUUGUCCGGGGCAUAUCUUGUAGAAUAUAAGAGUUAUCAACUUGAAACUUUAUAUGUAGAUAGAUCUCAUGGAGGGCAAGUGGAGUGCAUAAUAACAGUAACUCUUGCUUUCUUAGUUUUAAAAUCAUUGCCCUUUGUUAAUUUUCAUGCUUAAAGUUUUGUCCGGGGCAUAUCUUGAAGAAUAUAAGAGGUAUCAACUUGAAACUUCAUAGCUAGACAGAUCUCAGUGAGGGCAAGUGCAGUGCACAAUGACAGUAACUCUUGCUUUCUUAGUUUUAAAAUUAUUGCCCUUUGUUAAUUUUCAUGCUUAAAGUUUUGUCCGGGCAUAUCUUGAAGAAUAUAAGAGGUAUCAACUUGAAACUUCAUAGCUAGACAGAUCUCAUUGAGGGCAAGUGCAGUGCACAAUAACAGUAACUCUUGCUUUCUUAGUUUUAAAGUUAUUGCCCUUUGUUAAUUUUCAUGCUUAAAGUUUUGUCCGGGACAUAUCUUGAAGAAUAUAAGAGGUAUCAACUUGAAACUUCAUAGCUAGAUAGAUCUCAUUGAGGGCAAGUGCAGUGCACAAUAACAGUAACUCUUGCUUUCUUAGUUUUAAAGUUAUUGCCCUUUGUUAAUUUUCAUGCUUAAAGUUUUGUCCGGGGCAUAUCUUGAAGAAUAUAAGAGGUAUCAACUUGAAACUUCAUAGCUAGAUAGAUCUCAUUGAGGGCAAGUGCAGUGCACAAGAACCGUUACUCUUGCUGCCAUAUUUUUAGAGUAAUUGCCCUUUGUUAAUUUUCUUGCUUAGGUUUUGUCCGUGGCAUAUCUCGUAAACUAUAGGUUUCAACCUGAAACUUAUUCCGUAGGUAUAUCUGAUUUAGGGUUCAAAUGCCACCUACACUUGAAAGUUAAAUGGCAACAUCAUUGUCUAUGAAGGAAAAAAGUGCCAAUCUAACAGCUAUAAUGUCGACAGUAAAUAAUUCGUCAGGCGACACAUCCGACUCGCGGAGUUCUAGUUGUUAUUGAGCGUCUUAUUGACCAGUUUCGUAUUUCAAAACAUAAGUAAUAAUGUUAUAAAUAAUCAUAAUUGUUUGACUGAGACCAACUGCUAUAUAUUAACAUUUGAAUGGAAAUGAGAGAGAGAGAGAGAGAGAGAGAGAGAGAGGGAGAGGGAGAGUUGGCGUUGUACCUUACGCACGUGCGUCUUUCUUUUUUGACGCCAUAAGAGUCAAACCGUUUCUUAAAAGCGUUCACUUGGACAUAUUAAGAAUGAACUUGGAUUUAACUUGUUGUAAAAAAUAAUUAAACACCUAAACUAACACUUCCUUGAAUGAACUUCUUUUCAACAAUUACGUGUUAUGGCCUAUUGAAGUUUCAAUUGAUUAUCAAGUGGUUCCUGAUGUUAAGUAAAUAGUUGAUCACAGUACAUAUAGCAAUGCAAUAAACCAUUUGUCGUGUUUGUUAGUUUAUAGAUUACCGUAGUGAUGCAUUGUAUGUUACAAUAUUUUGAAGAUGCUGAGUUAUGUUAAAAAACACCAAACAAUACUGCAAAGUUUGUUUGUGCAAGAAGUAAAAUCCAUGUGACAUUAUAUUUGUGAACAUUUAUCAUAUGCUAUGUGAUAUAUGAUAUGGAUUAAAGAAGAUUAAAUGAAUACAACAUUGAUUGAACAUCCAACAAUAGUUACAGAAAUAAGCUUUUGACUAACAUUGUGUAUAGUUACAGAGCUCUCUGUGUCCGUAAUGGCUGAUUUGAUCUUGGACCAUCCAAACACAUUGUUUACUUAAUAUAUAACAAUUACUAAAUAGUCAAAAAAUGUAAAUAUUUCUUUGUACCCAUUCAGUUAAUAUACAUGUUUCUUUAUAAGAAUUGCUUUUAGCUUGAAUGUGAGGAAUCUUGAUAGUGCAUAUAUAUUAUAUAACUCUGGAGUCUGUUUCAUGGGUAGAAACAAGAACUGACGUCUAUUUUGAGAGGCCAUGCGGAAAUACCCUUAAAGGGGAUGUUACAGCCUCUUGGGUGAGUGGCGGACUCUAUAAAAUCACACUCACCCUUUUUAGUUAUUAUUUGUUUAAUGUCGACAAUGUUAUAUUAACACAUGAAGGUGGUUUUAAAGGCUUAAAGAAUUAUUUAUGCCUGUCAUUUUUUUUUACAGAAUAUAUAGUCUGAGCAUUGUAUCGAAAUGAUUAUCUUUAUGAUCAGUUUUAAAUCAGAGGGAAAUCCUGUCUAAUCCAUGUACGUGCAUGUUUAUUUAUAAAUAAAUAUAUCGAAAUAAUCAUUUAUACAAGACAUGUCAGUACGUAGGUCAAAAACGAACGUAGAAGAGGAGUAUUAAAGUGUAACAAUGAAGAAUAAAUAAUGAUCACAAAAGUUUUCUUUUGUAAUUUUACUUUACACUAUUAGAAACACAUCGACAUCACAUACUACUUAUUGAAAUCAGGCUUAUUUCAUUUCUCCAAAUGAUGUUCCUUUACAAUAAUCGAAAUUAACUAUUAUCAGAUAACCGAGUUCUAUAAAUGUAGAACAUAGA